AUGAAUGUGUCUCUGAAAAAGUCCAUGUUCGGGUUGGACAGCAUUCUCAACGCGGAAGAUAGCGAUGAUGAUUCAAGUUUAAUACUUGAGAAUGACAGCUCGGCACAGUUGGAGAUAGGCGAAGGCGCGUUACUCCCCGACACUCCAUCAGCUGUAGGUCUGCCAGCAUCUAUGCAGCGCGAACCCGUUAUCAAUGCACCACACUACGAGUCAGCGCCUGAAAACAACAUCCAAACUCUCAGUACCAACGGAGCGCGCGUGAACAUCCCCGUAGUUACUGAUCAGGUGGUUCGCUUGAUUCAGGUGGACGGUUCCCAUGUUAUGCAUGUUUCAAACCGUGAAAGCAUGGUUGCUUUAGGCGAGCAACUCGUCACAGGUUUUGUGGCUCGAUCCACCCUAACAAGUGACUUGCCAACGAGCGCUGGGCCCCAUGUGAAUAAUCACGCCUCCAUCCUCCGAGAGAGAAUGUCGCUGCCACCGGAGUCACCUUUACUACGUGGGGGCAUUGAACCCAGGUUCGAAGUCUUCGACGCGGAAAUGAUAGCCCUGGCAGAGGCUGCCGCCUACGGGGUUUCUAAAGCGAGAUCUCUGGACACUCAUAAUAUACUGCUCUUUGCAGACAACAAAGCCGCCCUCUCCAAUAUGUCGUUUCUGUCUAUACACCCAUGCCAGUACACAUCAUGGAAAUUCUGCUCUGCCAUCGACACUUUCCUGCACGAGUCGCCUCUCAACAAGGUUGAACUGCGCUGGGUCCCGGGCCAUGAAGGUGUCGAAGGUAACGAACGUGCAGACGCACUCGCCAACGAAGGCGGAACGAAACCGCCGUACCACACGCACAAUAGGUCGUUAACCUGGUGCAAGGCCGAAGCCACUUGGAAUGCUAGCCGCACAUGGGCACGAGAAUGGUCCAACCAACCCCACUCUCGAUUCGUGUCGGAAUACAUUCGCCACAACCCAUCUUUGUCCCCCCAACCCUUCUUCAAAGCAUUCCCAUUUCAUCACGCAAUACACGCCUGGCUAAACCAGGCCAUCUUGGGCCAUGAAUGCCGAGAACGAUUCCGGCCCGACGACGACCCCAGCUACCCAUGCGGAGCCCCCCCCCCCGCCAAACUCUCGAUCACGUCAUCCGGGCCUGCCCCUCAUACGACGACGCCAGACUCGCCCUUCGCAAUGCCUCGGGAUCCAUGCCAGACCCUGUUCUUUUCGGCACCGCCACCGGACUCCGAGUCGUUGCCAGCUUCAUCAACUCAACAGAUGCCUUCAAAAUCUGAUUUGGCUUACUCCUCCCCCUAUGGUGCUCCUUUCGGUUAUCUAUCUAUUUGGUUAUUUAUAACACAAGCAUCUAUCCAAAAGAUUGUCGGAUAUGCACUCAAGCACUAUGCCCGCUGUGGUGAAGAUUUGUGGGACUGCGUAAUGGAGGAGUGUCAAAAGGGGUCUCUAAACACUCGAAUGAAUAUCCUACAUCUUCUUGAUAACUUGUGCGAAACCGCACUUCUUUACCAGGGUGGUGUCACGACACCCUCCUCACAAGCGCCGUAUAUCGAAUACGUCACCCGGGACUUGGAAAAAAUCGUUGAAUAUGUUGUCCCUGACUCGAGAGAUGGAUUGGUCAAUUUUCAGACCAGUAAACAGAUCCUGGAGUCGUGGCAAACUAAACGCGUGCUCGACCCGAUUGCGGUAUCCAAUGUGAUAGAAAUUCUCGAGAUAAAGAAGAGCAGCCUGAAGGAAAUUCCAGCUACACGAUCCAACACCUCUGCGGCUGAAAGGGAUGAGAUAUUCAAACGUAUUGAAGAAGAUCGCGAAAGACAUAAGCUUCUUCGACAACGACGUUGGAAUGUGCCAACCCGUGUUGGACAACCAUAUGCACCACGACUGGCGUCAGCUGUUCCAACUGCCCGAAUACUUCCACUUAACCCAGUUCCAACUUCCCCAACUUCUCCCAUCAUGUCAUCUCAUUUGGCAUCACCGAUAGCCCCUGCUCAUCCUCUCGAUUCAAACACGAGCGCUGGAACCGGACAAGGUGGGAUGCCACCGCCUGCACCCAAGCACCUUCCCCCACGACACGCUCUCCGCAAGUCAUAUACUGAGGCACAGCGCGAGCGGCAAAGGCAACGUAGUCGCACUGGUGGCGAGGACGCACAAGAAACGGCCUUGGACAUCGAAUUUGAGCAAGCAUGGGAAACGACAAGCGAUUGGAAUGAAGAUGACAUAGAUGCGGUUGUCGAAGAGUGUGGUCUCUGCUGGGGAGAUGAACGGGAUAUCCAAACUGGUAGUGCUGAGGGCUUCCCGAAGGAUAGUGUGGUCGACUAUGGAUCAGGCGGUGCAUAUUCUGGAAGCCGGUUUUCUGCGCCUGUCGGAGAGCGGAGCUAG